GAAUUUCUCGAACUUUGACCCCGUUUUAGUCGUCUGGUGCGCACCACCUCACGAAUUCACACAAUCUAAGGGCCUAUACAUAUGUCCGACAAUUCUACCCUGACCGAGGCCCUGACCAUCGGGUUGCAAACUAAUCAGAUCAUUAGAAUCAGAUUGCUAGAAAGAAGCAGAUUCUGGCCAUUGCUACGAAUAGCUCUGUCUCGCUCUAUGAUAGAAAACUCGAGAAUAGGUAAUGCACGGUUUAUGCUUUAUGGACAGAGCGUAGAGAGUACACAGUAUAACAUGUUUCUCCCAAAUGCAAAGAAGGGCAAAGGUCGAUGAUCCCAUUGCGAAUUGGCCGUAAAUCAGCUGUUCAACAAUUUGUACGAUUCAUUUUAAAUCCGUGGAGAAAUGUCACUGUCAAAUGACAGCUGUCAGGUGACGCUCGUUGCCGCAGUCGACAGCUGCGGUUCUCAAUUUACAAUGCUAAUAAUUAAUUAGGAUAUUCAAUAAUACAUCAAUGUUUUCACCCACUCAAAUAUCAGAGAUUUUUGCACGAAAUUUUAUGUAAAGAUAGCUGAAACUAAUUGUAAGUCGUUCACAAAGAUGUUACUGGCUAGCUUCAUGGUAUGCAGUUUACACAAAGAAUCUAUUUACCUCAUUUAUUAUCGGAAAUUUAUAUUUUUUUUUUAUAAUUACUAAUUGGAUAUUUGUAAUAAAAUAUGUUCAAAGUAUUUUUAACCGUGAUUUUUAUGGAUCUUUUAUUGCUGGAUAUCUCGUACGUUGACUCUUUUGGUAAACGACGUUGUCGUCAACAGAAAGUAACAACACAAGAACGCAAUUUUUAUAACCCACUAACCGACUCUAAAGACGAUUGCAUCGAUCCGUACUGCAAUUGUGGAUCUGUCGGGUUUGGAAUUGUUCAACAAAUUCCAUAUUCUCCUGUAACCUCUUCCUGCGAUCCCAUCAACGUUCAAUUUUCAUCUGCAUGUAUCCGAUGCGGUUUGUGCCUCGCAGUAGCCGAACAGGUUAGCAAAUUAAUAAGCCCAUGGACACAGGAAUAUCAUGAAUCGGCCGAAAUUGGAAGGAAAUUCAUUUAUAGCGUAUUUCGCUUAUUUCAGAUAAAUCAAACGUUGAUAGAAACACACGACAUGAUGAAACCGGAUCAAUGGCUCAACGAUAACGAGGCGUCAUCGGUAUUAAAAGCAAUAUGCGAUCACGCAUUUCGUCACUUCAGCUUACGAGAAAUAUCCGGCAAACGUUACAUCUGCGAUAGAAUUCCAGGUGCCACAUUGGUGACAUCGAGCGCUGAUGGACUCUGGGAAAUUAAGUACGUCGUAGAUGCUGUAAUUUUUUUUUUAUUCAUAGUUAAGCGUAAAGUUGUACUUUAUUGCUGACCUAACAUCGA